AGCGGCCAUGAGACUUAUGAGCGUGUUACCAGAAAAUAAUUGGAGAACACCUGAUCAUGGGUAUGCUGUUCCGGUAGCGAACCAGCUACGCCAUAACAGACGUGCACACCUAGGCGUUCGAGAACUGGGAACACACGCUGUGAACCCGGGCCCGAAAAAGUACAGCAACGUGCUUGUUGAUAUAGUCUGCCAUUGUCUGAGACCAGAUCGUAUCAACAGGCCUUCGGCAGCUUUGUUGUUACAAACCAUCCAAACGAAUGCAAACUUCCAGGGGAUGGAUAUAGCAGGAACUGGCGCUGGCGGAGUGAUCACUCCAGCGAUGAGGAAACAGAUGGUAAUGCUUGGAGACGAUAGGUGGGCGAUUGGGAAUCCCCGUCCUUGAUCGAACUAUAAGGAGAAUAAUCGCAAGC